ACCAAACUACUAGUAUUCUUGUUCCUAUUUACAAGUUUUGUAUCAAUCCAAAUUUCUUUAUCCAAUGCUCAACCUCCUCUAAUUGAUCCUUACUCAUUUUUCCACAUUAUUCCGAAUCCGGAUGGCUCAAUCACUCGAAUUAAGGAGUUUUACCCGACCGUUCCACCCAACACUUCCUCUACUAUUGCCUUCUCUAGAGAUGUCCCUCUGAACAUUGUUAAAAAAACGUGGAUUCGGCUCUCCUUACCCAACAAAAAAGAACACUUUAACCUUCCAAUCAUUGUUUUCGCCCAUGGUGGUGGGUUCAUUAUCCUUAGCACUGCCACCCCUAGCGUCGACUCAUUUCUUUCCAACACGGCGAAUAACCUUAACGUGUUAGUUGUCUCCGUUGAGUACCGGCUUGCUCCCGAGCAUCGCCUUCCUGCUGCCUACGACGACGUUUUGGAUGCCUUGUAUUGGGUAAAAGAAAACAAAGAUGAGUGGGUGAGUAAUUAUGGGGAUGCUUCAAGGUGCAUUUUAAUGGGGGAGAGUGUAGGGGGCAACAUUGCUUACAACGUAGGAUUACGAGCGUCUGUUCUAACCCGUGAGCUUCAACCCUUGGUUAUCCGAGGUUUGGUACUAAUCCAACCGUUCUUUGGAGGAUCAAAUCCGAAUCGUGUCAAGUACGGUAAUUUACAAAAAAUGGUUGAUUUUUUGUGGCAUUUGUCUCUGCCCCUUCGAGCUAACUUGAACAAUCCAUAUUUUAACCCGAUCUUCGGUGGCGGAUCCAGAAAUUUGGACAAUAUUAGAGGUUUGGGUUGGCGGGUUGCAAUAGCAGGUUGUGAUGGGGAUUUUAUUUUCGACAGGCAAGUGGAAGUGUUCAAAUUUCUUGAGAAACGAGGUGUGAAUGUCAUUAGUAAUUUUGGUAAAGGAUUUUACCAUGGUGUUUUUAUUGGCAAUAGUACUAAAGCUCAAGAGCUUUACCAAUUUGUCCGCAAUGGUUUUUCACCUUACAUAACUUCGUGAAUGUUUUUAAUGCUUGUAUACUCAAGCUUGCAUUAAUUAUGUAUUCAUCCUUAAUUGCGUAUGUUAUCUUCUUGUUGCAUAUCAAUAUAAUGAUAUAUUGCCCAAUAAUGUAGACUCAAAACUUGAGCCCAUAUUCCUUGGGCCUUUCUUAUCAGAAUUAACUACAGAUUUUUUUAA